CUGACAUUUAUUUAAAAAUCAAUGUUGCCAACAUAAAGAAAAUAUAAACAUAACCUCACAAUUAGAGGUAAAUUAUAUGAGUGAGAAACGAGGUAAAUAAUUUGAAGAAGUUUUUAAGUAAACAAAUAUGCAGAACACCAGUGAAGAACAGCUUCAAAUACGCCUUAUUACAAAACAAGAACUAUUUGCAGUUCCUGAUGUCCCUUUAUCAGUCCCUGCUAUAAUCGAUUGUAAAUCAUUAAACGAUCUAGUAAAUCAGUUACUAAAGGAAAGCAAUUCGGAUUUUUUAAAGCCCAAAGACUUUGAUUUUUUGGUGUUGGGAGAAUUGUUGAGAGUGACUUUAGUAGAACAUUUACAAGAACAUAAUAUAUCUUCGGAAACCACAGUAGAUGUUGAAUAUUUAGAAAGAACUCCAGCACCAGAGCCUGAGGAAUCUAUAUUACAUGAUGAUUGGGUUUCUGGCUUACAAACAACAGAUAAAUGGAUUUUGACUGGCUGCUAUGACAAUUCAGUAAAUAUAUGGACAACACAUGGCAAAAAUAUAACCUCCCAAAAAGAACAUAAAAGCAUAGUUAAGGCAGUUACCUGGAUAGACCAAGCCAAUCCCUCAAAAGGUUUUGUGAGUGUGUCACAUGAUUUGACAGGAAUUAUUUGGUCAUGGGAACCAGAAAAGGACAAAAUAACCCCAAAAAUUGCAUUAAGAGGGCAUGAAAGAGGUGUUGACAGUGUUGGAGUGAGCCCAAACUCUAAUAGAAUAGCAACAGGUGGUUGGGAUACCAAUUUGAAAUUGUGGUCGGCUUCUUUGGAUGAUGAUGGUGGAGAACCUGCUCAGAAAAGAUUAAAAGGAUCCAGUUCCUCAUCUUUAUCAGUGAGAACACCCUUAAACACUCUGAAAGGUCACAAGGAAACCAUUUCAUCUAUUAAUUGGCUAGAUAAUAAUGUUGUAUGUACAGCUUCUAUGGAUCAUACCAUUAAACUAUGGGAUGCUGAGCUUUGUGGGCUUAAAUCUGAAAUUGUUGGUCAAAAAGCAUAUCUAAGUUCAUCAUGGUCCCCUUUGUCCAACACUCUUAUAGCCAGUUCAGCAGAUAGACACAUCAGAUUGUAUGAUCCCAGGUCUUCUGAAGGUUCCCUAUGUAAAACAACAUUUACUUCACACUCUUUGUGGGUUAGUUGUGUUACAUGGUCUAAAUAUGACCCACAUUUGUUUAUGUCUGGAGGAUAUGACUUAGCUGUAAAGUUAUGGGACACUAGAAGUCCAAAGGCUCCUCUCUACAACUUACAAGGACACCAAGGACAAGUAUUGGGAGUUGAUUGGUCAAAUAAUAAAUAUUUAGUUUCUGGUGGGUGUGAUAAUAGUGUACACAUAUUUAAGAACAAGCAUAUGCAAUAAAACCGUUUUUUAAAUUACCAA